ACACAGAGAAAGGGACCCUCCUGCAUCUUUCCAAUUCAGUGACAUGCAAGAAUAAACAAAACUCAUCUGUGGGGAGAGGAUUCCGGCCCUGUUUGUCUGUGGAAGAUGGGAAUUGACUGGCAAGUAGCACGGAAGCAGUUUGGGAAUGGUGGAGGUGUAGCCUCUCGAUCUGGGUGGUGAUGCCACAAUGUAUACAGCAUGUUGAGUGUACUGAGCUGUGCUCAUAAGUUGUGUGUGUUUUUGUUCUAGUAACUUAUAUGUCAGUAUAGAACGGAUGGCAUUAAGAAAGGGGGGUGACAAAGACAAAAAGAGUGACAGAUGGCAGCAAACGGGUAACAAAGAUUCACCGUGUAAAUAAUAAGGAUGCUUUGAGAAGAAAGCCAAAGUGACUGAGCAGAACAAACACUACAGAGUAUGCUUAAGAGAAAAGAUAAGGAACUUUAAAAGUUCAACUCAUAUUAAAUGAGAGACUGCCCUGUUGGGAAAAUCACCCUGGAACGACCAUCACAGACCUCAUCGCCAUUAAACGUACUGUCAUUCUGUUGGCUAUAAUGGGAGAAGGUGGGUUUUAAUGCCCAGUAGAAAUGGUUUCUAAUGCACAAUCCUUUCCUCACCAAAUGUGUGGUCUGGGGAAAUUUUAUAACCGCUUGAGAUUUUCUUCAUAAGGAAAAUAACUUCUGAUUAUUCAGAUAGUUCAUAGGAUUAGAUACGAUCCCUUUAACUCUACUAGGUGCUAGGAACAUACCUGACUUUGUCCCUCCUUUGUCCACCGUGUAGUUGUGGACAGAAUACAGUUGGCAGGGAACAGAUAAGAUGCUCUCAAAUAAAUAUUCCCCACCCACCAUUUCUAGAAAGAAGUCAUGUGAAUAAUUGAAGGAGUAGGAGAGGAGCAAGAGUCUUUUGAACAGCCAUCCCCAAACCUUGACCUUGGCUAGUUUGCGUCUAAAAGCAGCCUUGACAACAUUUAGACCAGGACCAGCCCCUGCAGUGUUCCCUGUCUGGAAUGGAAUGAGGAGGUACAGUAGAGCUUAGAACAGCCUUUUCCCACAGGUUUGAUCCCUGGCCUGGGAUCUUCGAAGUUUGGGAUGUUAGGAUUAUCCAGAGGCCAACAGGCUGCCCCAGUGAAGAGAAGAAUCUGACAUAACACAGAGAUGCAGCAAAAAGAGCACUGAAUCAGGACAGAAUACUUCUUCUAAUUAUUCCUUCCCUUAGCAUUAUACUCUGCUUUUGUCCUACACGUUUAUGUCCCAGAUCACAUUGGGAACCCCAAAGAAGAACUUCAUGACAGUCUAAACGUUUGACAUCUUUCACUGGUGGAAGAGAUUUAGAAUGUGUUAACAUUUCCAGAGAAGGUGGGGGGACUUCGUGACAGCCCUUAAGACAAUAGGACAUGUUGGGAAACUACUUGUGUCUUGAUUUCUUGGUAAACAGAGGAGAGUGAAGAUGAGAGCUCUGCGCAGAUGUGUUUUGGAGGGAGGGAGCUAGCGCAGUGGUAUUAGCACAAGUGCAGACACCUAUGAAGUGUGGCUGCUGAGGAGGUGUCCUCAUGGCUGGCGACCUUCCCAAGGCACCAGGCAGCCUUGUGUAUCAGCACGGCCUAGGCCCCUGGAUCCAGGGGCCCCCAAGAUUCCAUCAACCCUCCCCCCACCUUCCAGUUCUGUUGUGGCAACUCCAAACAGUUCCCUGGCACCCUGGGUCCCCCUUCCUCACGCCAGUCCCCAUCUGAGCUACAGGCAGGGCCCUGGGCUCUGAGCUCUAGCAUCUUGAACUUGGUUUCUGUGGAUACAGACCCUCCAGUGUUGUGGGGUGUUGAUUCGGGUGUGCCCAAUGGUAAGUUAAGAAUUCCAGUUUUCCUCAUCCCUCAUUCCCGCUUCAGCCUCUGGGAUUCCACGUGCUUUAAUCCACCCUGUGUUGGGUGUCUUCUCCCCAGGCCCUGGCUGUCCUGCCACGGGUCACCAUGGCAGUGUCUCUUGGCCCUUUAUCAGACUUGAGGGCCCAACACAAACUCAUGCGAGAGAACCAGGAGCUUCAGCGGCAGCUGGCCCAGAGCAAGCAGGACUUCCGAGACCUCAGGGAGAAAUUCCUUGUAUCCGAAGCUACUGCCUACUCCCUGGCCAACCAGCUGCAGAAAUACCAGUGUGAAGGGGACAGAGACAUCAUUGAAUCCGUGCUGGGGGAGAAGCUAGAGUUUAAGGUGGUGAAGCUGGCAGAGAGGCUGGCAGAGGAUCCAGCGCUGGCCAAGAGGUUCCGGGAAUUGGAUGUCCUGAUUCACGCUCAGGCAAGAGAGCUGACCCAGUUACGGCAGAAGGUGAAGGAAGGGAGGGAUGACUGUGUCCUGCUCGUUCAGCACCUCACCGACCUCCUCACCCACAAAGACCUUGGCAAGGACCAGGGGCAGGGCUUGCGAGAGCAGCUGACUGAGGGACACAGGCUGGCAGAGCGCCUCGCCCGCAAGUUCAGCCCAGAGAGCCAUGAAGAUGAGGAGGACGACGACGAAGAAGCAGCACUCACCCCCAGCGUGGAAGUGCAGGAGGUUGCAAAGGAGGAGGUGCUACAGGACUCCCAGGAUGAAUGCAUUUCGACCCCUUCAAUGGUCCAGGAAAGGUCUGACUGCACCCAGCCUUCCGGUGAUGGCACAUGUGCAUCUGAUGAGCCAAAAGUUGGCCCUGCUGCAGAUGGAGCCUGUGCUGGCUCCCGCGCCAAAGAGGAUGACGUUCCCACCCCUCCGCCAGCAGAAAAUCAGAAUGGUCAUGAGGAAGUGGAUGGACAAGAGCCACUGCCCCCCAGCGCGGAGGUGCAGGAGGUUGCAAAGGAGGAAGUGCUCCAGGCGUUCCCAGAUGAAGCUGUUUUGGCUCCUUGCAUUCAGCAGGAAGGUUCUGACUGCUACCCGCCUUGCAGUGAUGGAAAACUGGCAUUUGAUGAACAGAAAAAGGGGUCUGCUCUGCAUGGAGCCUGUGGUUGCUCUCCUGCUGCAGAGGGUGAAAUUCCAGCUGGUCCCCCAGAAAGCCAGAAUGAUCAUAAUGGGGUGAAAGAACCAGAGCCACCUGUCCCCAGGCCUCCGUCCCCCACCAGGCUCCGCGGGGAGCUGCCGCCGAUGGCAGAGCGUGGUGUCCCACAGAACUCACUGGAUGGAAGCGCUUGGUCUUGCCCAGGUCUUCCCGACCUGUCGGACUCCUUCUGGCCUUACAGGAGUGCUGCCACCCUCUCACUUGAGAACGUGGAUGUCCCUGAUGCUCAGGAUGCAACCAGUGACACCUGGGGGGAUUGUCACAAAGUGCCUUUGAGUUUUGGAAGGCCAGAGAUGCAAAGUUCACAAGCUCAGCUGCAGACAAGCACCCAGGUGGCCAAUGAUCUGCAACUGCGCCUCGACCAGCAUUUAGAUCGUGGUGAUGGCAAAGCCAGGCUCCACCUUUCCCCCACCUUCCGGGGAUUUCCUGCCAACACUGAUACCGGGGACCAAGGGCCACUCUUCCAAGAGCUGGGUCUGGAUGCUUCCAUCGGAAUGAAGACCCCUCCCAAGCUGGAGGGUGAGGGCUCAGCUGCCAGCAGGCAGGAGUGUCGCGUGUGUCACCGCCUUCAUGCCUUAAGUUUCCUGAAAGAGAAGAUUAUCCAAAGAAGACUGCAGUUCAGCAAGUGGAGACUGGCCUGCAGAUUCCCUGGCCUCCUUGCUUAGGGUACCGAGGUAUCUGUUACUUCCAGAACUAAGAAGAGUUAUUGCCCAACCCCAAGAAACCACAGCAGAAAAGAUUCCUUUUCCACCUGAUGAGAAAAACCUACAACAGCCAAUCAAGUUGAAGCCCCAAAGGAACACUGGAGGGAUCCUUUCCUGAGAAUCAGCAUCUCAACCAUCACCUCCUCCACCCACCGUUUUUACUCCAAAAGACUGAUCUCAUGAGAGAAAUCGCAGUCAUCGGCCUCCUCCCAGGCUUCGGUGUGAUCAGUCGAUGAGGAGACCAGGGCCCAGGUGGACUACAGUUUGGAGCGACCUUCACCCUUGCUCCUGUCCACAUGCAUCCUCCUCACACAGGCAUCAGGAGCCGCUGGCAGACGGCCCCAUGUCCACCUGGACAUUCUUUGUCAGCACACGGGCUGUGGUCGGAGCAGACGCCCUUAGCUGUGCAGUGUUCUUGCCGAAAGUGUUCCGCCUGAGUGUCUUCAUGAGGUAGUUAUCAGACAGCUGCAGAAUGUAGGCCAGUGGCCCAGACACCUGGCCUGUCUUUCUUCAAACAGUCCACGUCUCCGCAAGAAAGACAACCAACAGGAGAAGAGAGAUUUGGGGUUCCGAAGGACUAAGAAGAUUAUGUGACUAUAAUUCUUGAGUCCUUUUGAACCCCAAACCUCUCCUCACCUUUUGUGAUUGUCUUUGACUGUGGGGACAUUGACUGGUUUGCAGAGGACAAGUCAGUUGUCUGGCUCACAAGUCUGCAUCCUUCAGUUGUCUGAUGAUUUCCUCCUGAUGCAAUUCAGGGGAACGCUUUCGCCAAGAGCACCACCUAGUGCCUGCUGUGUGCUUCCUAGCACAGCCCCGCAGGAGGCUGAGAGUGUCCACACUGCCUGCCACCACUCUUGUCAUUCGAGCAUUGGACGCUUUGUUCUGGAGGGCCCUGUGAGAUCUGUCCAUUGGAAAGACCUGUUUUUCUCUCUCUGAUCAGUCAUUUGCUUAGUGGUGUAUGAAUUGGAGUGUAUGAAUAUCUCAUCCUGUGAUGCUGUUUCUCUAAAAAUUUACUAUCCCUUAUCCAUCCCUGAUGUGUGUCCAUUGUCAUAUUUGUGUUUGUAUAUUGGAAACUUUCUCAUUCAGUCAUUCUUUAUACUUGUAUUGCUGCCGUUGUGCUGUGGAAAAGACAAUCCUUACCUCUUCCAUGUUAUUAAAAUGUUUUUUU